UGCGUACCACUGCCACAGAAGAAGAAAGGGGCGGGGGUUAAUAACAGUGCUGUUGUGCAUGCUGUUAGCAAACAAGCUACUAAAGUGGUUUAAAUUUAUGAUUGUAUAAUGUUUCAGCAUUACUUUGCACGUGGAUUACGUACUGCUAUUUCUCAAACGUUUAGUAUACAAUUUGUUGCCCUCCGAAAUGGGAGGCCUGCUACUCACGCGUGUAGAAGGCUGCCAAUGAAGACCGAAGGGUAUUUGUAUCACGCUGCCAAAAGGUCGUUUCUCAAUGAUGCGGCUAAAAAGGUACAGCCAGCCUCUGUACUACGGAUGGUCUGCUGCUUCUCUACAUCUUCCACAAAUCACUCUGAGGGGACGCUCAUCUAUUCAGGGAACCUCGGCAAUUCUGUCCGAGGUGUGAAGAUGUUCUCUUACACCAGUAGCGGGGCCAGCCUGUGUAUGAUGCCCUACAUUCUUUUGAAGACUGGCAUCAGCGUUCAGAGUCUUGUCCUGAAGGGGGCCUUCUGUGGUGUCAUUGGUUUUUUCACAUUCCUGACUCCCAUCCUCCUCCACAUCAUCACCAAAGGCUAUGUGGUUCGCCUGUACCACAACCAUGACACUGACACGUACACAGCUGUCACCUACAACGUCCUUCUGAUGGAGAAAAAGACUGUGUUCCGUCAGAGUGAGGUCAAGAUACCGGGUGUCAGCAAAAUGUUCACCACGUUCUAUGCCGACAAGAAGUCGAUGCUUGUGAAUCCGAUGCUGUUCCCACUUCCUCAUGACUAUAACCACCUCAUGGGUUACGACCAGCCCUUUUCAUUUGAUACGGAAGACUUGAAUGGUAAACCUAAUAAGAGUUAAUGGAUUAUUCUACAGAUAAUGCCAAUUGCAGUCUGAACUGUUGAAUGGAACGUGUGUGUGUAUGUACGUCUUAGUAGUUAAUGUAGGCUAUAAAUUAUAUGAUAUCAAAGAGAACCUUUGAGAGAUGUUGGUUUCUUCCUUUCACUAGUAAGAGGUAAUGUAUAGACAUGGAGUAUAUGAAUAAAAUUUGUUUAAACAAA